AUGGUGGUAAGGCCGAAAUAUUUCACUCCUAACGAAGUUAGUAUACACACUACAAUCGAUGAUUUAUGGGUUUCAUUCCUGGGCAAGGUUUACAAUUUAACACCGCUAUGUAAUCAAUAUUCAGGAGAUCUACUCUUGAAACCAGUUAUACAAUCAGCUGGUAAAGACAUUUCUCAUUGGUUCGAUGAUAAAACGAAAGAUGUAAGAACGCAUGUCGAUCCUGUUACCGGUUGCAUUGUACCAUAUACACCUCAUGGCCGUUUUAUUCAUAUUGCACCGCCAUAUCCACAAAGUGAUUGGGCUAAUAAUUUUGGAAAGCCUUGGUGGAAAGAUGACGCCUAUUGCAUAGGCCUUCUUUCACAGAAAACUCGAUUUAUUCGCGUUAUAAAUACUUUAACAUCUCAAGAGCAAACAAUCGAAGUUUGCUCUGAAGAAAUCUUAGAUGAGAUUCAAGAUCGUUAUAUGAAAUACAAUUCCCAUGCACGCAGUUAUACUUGGAAAUACAUUGGAAAAAAUUUAGACAUGACAAAAACACUAGAAGAGAACGAAGUUGCUGAUGAUUCUGAAGAAUUUUUCAAACUUGGCAUGAACGAUGACUCUUUUUUACCAGCGAUUCAUAUAUAUUUUAAUGAUGACUUAACUGAAGCUUGA